GUAACAAGAUCCAACUAUAAAUAGUUAAACAUCUCUAGUUGUUUGAAAGCAAUACAAAAAAGCCCAAAGAAAAAAACAAUAUUGUUUAUAAGAAAGCUAUAGAUCUAGUUUUCGCAAUGGAACAAACUAGUGCCAUAUCAAUGACCAUGCACUUGUUAAUCAGCAUUAUUUUCCUUUCUUCCUUUGCUUGUGCCUAUCAUCUUAAAAACCCUAAAGCUGCUGUUCAAGAGGAAGACUCACCUGUAGGUGCAGGUCACAAGGCAGGCUCAAAGCUUGCAAAUGCGGAUGAUUUCUUUGCUUCAGGUCUUCAUGCAAGUCAUACGCCAGUGCCUAACUAUGAUGUUUUUCAUAGUGUAGUUGAUGCAAACAAAAUUCCAGCACUCAAAGACAUUGCCAUGUCCAUGGUUCGUGUUGAUUUAGAGCCAUCAGGUCGCACACCAAUUAAUUUACAUCCUCAAUCUUCUAAGCUUAUACUUGUCUUAGAGGGUACUAUUUUUGUUGGUUUUCUUGUUCCAGAUCCGAUCGAUCGGAUCAAGAGUCAGCUCGUUUCCAAAAUCUUGAAUCCUGGCGAUGUGUUUGUGGUUCCACAAGGGCUUAUUCACUUUCUGUAUAAUGUGGGAGACAAUGCUGGGGCAACAAUAUUCGAGUUUCUCAACAACCUGAAUUAUUACAUACCUACCAUAAUUCCUAAUCCAAUCUUCGCUUCUGAUCCCCCGAUUGAUGAUGAUUUCCUUGCCAAGAGUUUUCGAUUGGAUAAGAGCGUGAUUGAAGACCUUCGAAAGAAAUUUCCCUAGGACAUGUGACGAUUAUCCUUUAUGAUAACACCGGACUUUAUAUGAUCCUGUUCUAUGAUCAAAAUUUCACCAGGCAGGAUACAAGUUACUGUGUGGUGAAAGUUGUGUGCAAUAAUUUUACUAGUUCUGUUUGGACUGUUAAAAUAAAGAUGCAGUCAUGACUAUAUGUUUUAUUAGUAGAUCUUCUUUUCUUCCAUGUAAGGUGUUUCACAACAGAAUAAAUUUUGAAAAAGUUUCUAUGUUUCUGUAAUUCGCAGAUUUUCGCAAA